AUGACCCAGAGUCGGACGACUUCUACAUGGUACUCGCAUAUGUGGAAGACAAAUGGUCUCGGGAUUAACAUAUCUUCAUGCUCAUAUCCAAAGAUGAAAAUGUUUUGUGGUGCUGCGGAAGUAGUCUUCUUUUGGAGAGUCCGAUAUUUCGAGUUGUCAGCCGGUGAUUUCGAGUUGUUAAGCUGUUUGAGUAUGAUUUUGUGCAAUACACUAUGCUUAAGCUCCAGACAAUCUAGAUUAACCAACAAGACCAGGGAUGAACAACCAUGUCUUUGUUUCCUAUGCUUAUGCUCUUGCUACUUUUGUUCUUCUUCCUGUCACUCUUUUCACAAGAAGAUCCGAGCUUCAAGUAGAAUGUGUUUUUGA